AUGCACUUAUUUCCAUCUGGUAAACUUCUAUUAUCAAAAUCAAUGAUUGUUCAAGCACUUCGAGGUGCUGAAAACACUCAAAUGAGACAAUGCAUUAUUGCGAGAUUUCCACAAAAUAAUCAAAUUCUUCUUACAAUAUAUGGUGCGAAUAUUAAUAAUUAUUUAGAUAAUUUUGUUGAAAAUUUUGAUAUUUCUGAUGAUUUUUAUGAUAAAAUUCGCAAAUAUUGGACUAAAGAACAUUUCUUACAAGUCAUUUUGACUGAAAUCGCUCGACCUUUCAUCAAUGAAAACAACUUGAAAAUUUUCGAAGAAAAGAAAUCUUCAACAAUAUUACAAACUCGUAAAGAAGUAGCAGUUCUAUUAAGUUUUUAUUGUAUAGGAGAUCCUAUUAUUUUAUGCAAAAUCGCUAAUCAAUUACUUCAUGAAAUAACAAACUGUGGCUUGACAUGUUGGAAAUUUAAUUAUAAUGAUUUUCAAUCAAGUAGUAAUAAUCAAGAAUUACUCCUUGUGUUAACAGAAAAACAUCGUAAAAUUAAAGUCAAACGUCACACUCAAUCUGUUGAUGAUUGUUUAAGACUACUAGUAGCAAUGCAUAAAAAAAUCGAAUAUUUACCAUUAACUAUUUUGGAACGUUCUUAUCGUGAUCAAUUUUCUUUGUUAAUUAAUUUCUUAAGUACAUUGAAUUUGACUGCAACAGUUAUAGUGGAUUCAUUAGAUGAAAGUAAAUUUUUCUUUAAUCAGACAGAUCCAAGUUUAAGUACUUUACAAAAAUUUGUUGAAUCUAUAACAAAUGAUGAAAUUUUAAACUUAGCAUUAGGCAAUUGGGGCGAAGGUAAUAAAGGAAAGAAUUAUUUUCGAUUCUAUAUAAUUAUUCCUAAAAAACUAAAUUCCUCACUGAAUAUUUCAUGGAGUCAUCCCGACAAAAUACCAAUUACUGAUGUAAAAUGGGAUGAAUUACAAUUAAUUAAGUAA